AACCCGAAUCUGUAUCGGGUGAACUCAGAUAUUUUCCCACAACCACAAACUUAGAGCGGGUUCGUACGGGUACGGACGGAUACGGAUUUUAUUGCCAUCUAAAAGAGGUUAGAUCAUGGAAUUGAAAGCAAUUAGGCGAAGCAAGGUCCAAUAUAGUGUUUUGUGUAGGUGACAGUCACUGGCAACGUUGGUUGUUGGGUUCGGAUCCCAACAACGUUAUAGAGAAAAUAAGAGUGAAUGAGGAACACACAUCACAUGACAUAACAGAGGAAGAAUGAUGGGAGCGAGGAGAAGGUGUAUCUUAGCCACUCUCGCUUUUCUAAUGUUAAUGGGCAUCGCCGUCUAUUUCAGACUCUGGGCUAUUCACUACAACCUUUCUUCCGAUGACACCCAACUCUUAAGGCAACAGUUUGAUAUUGCUAACAGGGAGGCAAUGGAUGAGUCUGCAGAGUGGAGGCUGAGGUAUGAUCAGGAGGUAGAUAGGACAAAAAAAUGUUUACAGGAGCUUCAAGUGUUUCAGGAGUCCUCUCAGAAGGGGCAGGAUGCUUCUGAUAUUAACCAUAAAUUGGCAAUACUGCAAAAGGAGAAUGCAGUCUUACUCGAAAGGUUGGAAACAUUGAAAAGAGAGCUUGAAGAGGAAAGGUUGAAGUGCAGUUCAUGAUACAUGAACUAACCACGAAAGCGUUAACAUGAAGGUCUAUGUUUGUCAUUUUGUCCAUAAGUUGUUUAUUCUUUGGCACAAGUGUUUUAAAGAUAUUUGCAGCAUACAACUAGUAUUCAACCAUGGAAGAAUAUUGGCUGUAUGAUUUAUGGUCUCAACUUUUCACCUUAGAGAUACAGGCCAUCCUGGGAAUAUGAAAACACACAGCAUUUCUCCUUUUCCCCCAUUUUGACGGGGGUUACAUUUUCCUCUGUACUUUAUUAUGGGCAAAUAUAUAUAUUUCUUUAAUCUCCAAAUGUACCUGAUAGUGAUAGUUAUGUUGUUUUACUUUCUUUAAAGAACAGGUGUCAGGCGUAUGCCUUGAUUGUGUACUAUGGGCCAGUAUCUGAUUAAUCCAGCCUGUCCUUGGUAAAUUUAUUCACUCUUUAUUCACUAUGAUGCCAUAUAAUAAGAUCAAGAACAUGCAGCAUUUUUACUA